GGGAUGCCCUAACUAAUAAUGGCGUUAUAAUAACUGCAGAUCGGCCGAUUGCAGCAGCAUAAACGGCAUCUUGGAUAAGACUCGAGAAGUCGCGAUGGCGGAGACUGCAGUGGUUGCGAAGCACUUGCUGCUGGCCAAGUUCAAGGAGGAUCUCUCUCCUGCAGCGAUCGACGAACUCAUCAAGGGCUACGCCAGCCUCGUCUCCCUCGUCCCCUCUUUGAAGACCUUCCACUGGGGAAAGGAUGUGAGCGUUGAGAACCUGCAUCAAGGGUUUACCCAUGUAUUUGAAACAACCUUUGAGAGUGUGGAAGGCAUAUCAGAGUAUCUUGCACACCCGGCUCAUGUGGAGUUUGCUGAUAUAUUUCUCCCUGCACUGGAGAAGAUUCUCAUUAUUGACUACAAGCCUACUACUGCUUAAUCGGCAGUAGAGUUGCAGUUCCAUGAAAUAAGUUAUCUUAUUUUUCCUUCUGCAACAGCAUUGGUAUGUGUUUCCUGGGUUGGAUAGUGUGAGCUGUUGUUGGAGGAACAAUUUCCGUUUUCCACCUAAACGCAAGAAAGCAGGACUGAACUGAUUGCGAGGUAUCUAAUAAUUAAGGAACUAUAUCUUUUAUUCAAUAGUUCUUUCAGAAUCAGUGAUGUUGAGCACUUAUAUAUUUUAAAUGCCAUAAGCCCGAGAGAAGCAUUUGCCAAAAUUAGCAA